AUGUCUUUAUCGUCGAAAGAUAUUAAUCUCAUUUUAAAUUUUCUUAAUGAAGAUACAUGUGGUUCAUCUUUAACAUUUGAACAAAUUUCAGCACAAUUUCAACAUAAUAUAUCGAAAUCUGAUUAUUUACGAGUUGGAAAUGCUCUUGUACUUUUAUUACAAAAUCGUGAUUUAAUUCCAACACCACAACAACGUUUAAUUAUACUUUUUCUUUUUAAUGAUAUGUAUAAAAGUGAACAACAAUCAAUACAUAUGAAUCCAUUUGCACCAGUAUUUAUAUCAAUUUUACAAAAUAAUAAUGGAGAAAAUUUAUCAACACAAAAACAUUUUCAUUGGUUUAUAUCACCUGUAACACAACAUGAACGUUGGUUUGUUAAGACAUUAAUUAAUAAUAAUAAUAAAGAUUUGAUUAAAAAAACACCAAAUCAAAUAUUACAAACAGGUUUAUCAACAACUAAAGAUGAAAAUGGAACAGAAGAACUAAAAGAAAAAAUACAAGAACGUUUACGACAAUUACCUGUGCUUGUUCAAUGUCAUUUACCAGCUGUUAUUGAUGAUCCAGAAGUUAAUUAUGUAUGUCAUUCAUUUCUUUUUUUCAUCAAAAUCAUUCAAGUGAAAUCAUUUGCUUAA